AUUGUGAAACAUGGAGGAUGCUUGGGAAUUGGUCUUUCUGCGAUGGGAACAAGUCGCGAGGACAUAUAUGAACAAUUGAAAUUUAACAUGUAUCAAGACGAUGCUGUGACUGGAGAAGCUGCAGGAUUAGCUAUGGGCUUAGUUAUGUUGGGAUCAAAGAGAGGUGGCGCUCUUCAAGAUAUGGUGGAGUAUGCACAGGUAACACAGCAUGAAAAAAUUUUGAGAGGUUUGGCUGUUGGUAUAUCGUUUGUCAUGUAUGGCCGAUUAGAAGAAGCUGACCCGUUAAUUACUUCUUUAUUACAAGACAAAGAUCCAAUAUUGCGUCGUUCUGCUAUGUACACAAUAUCUAUGGCUUACUGUGGAACUGGAAGCAACACUGCCAUUAGAAAAUUAUUACAUGUAGCUGUUUCUGAUGUAAAUGAUGAUGUACGCCGUGCAGCCGUUACAGGUUUAGGAUUUUUAUUGUUUAGAACACCAGAACAAUGUCCUCAAGUUGUCAGUUUACUUGCUGAGAGUUAUAACCCUCAUGUUAGAUACGGUGCAGCUAUGGCUCUCGGUAUUGCUUGUGCUGGAACUGGACUCAAAGAAGCCAUUAACUUAUUGGAACCAAUGACUAAUGACCCUGUAAAUUAUGUACGUCAAGGUGCAUUAAUUGCUUCUGCUAUGAUACUUAUUCAACAAACAGAAAGCACUUGUCCUAAAGUCAAAGAAUUCCGUACACUGUACGCUAAAGUAAUUACUGAUAAGCAUGAAGAUGUAAUGGCCAAGUUUGGAGCUAUUCUGGCCCAAGGUAUCAUUGAUGGUGGUGGUCGUAAUGUAUCAAUUUCCUUGGAAUCAAGAACUGGCCAUACUAAUAUGUUAGCGGUUGUUGGUCUAUUGUUGUUCACACAAUAUUGGUACUGGUUUCCUCUUGCCCAUUGCUUGGCUCUUGCUUUUACGCCUACAUGUAUCAUUGCAUUAAAUGCACAACUUAAAAUGCCUCUUCUAGAGUUAAAAAGUAAUGCAAAACCAUCAUUAUACGCGUAUCCUGCACCUAUGGAAGAAAAGAAACGAGAAGAAAGGGAGAAGGUUACUACUGCUGUAUUGAGUAUAGCCGCUAGAGCAAAACGUCGUGAAGGUGGAAGUACUGUGAAAGCUGCUGAACCAUCCACUAGUGAAAAAAUGGAAAUCGAUGAAAAAGAAGCAUCAACUAGUAAGAAGAAGGAUGAAAAAAAAGAAGAACAAAAGCCAGAACCAAAUUUUGAAAUUUUAAAUAAUCCUGCUAGAGUAAUGAAACAGCAAUUAAAACACUUACAGUUGGUAGAAAACGCUUCAUAUCAACCCCUUAAAGAUGUUUCUAUAGGUGGUAUUAUUAUGACACGCUUUACUAAAAACGGUGUGGAAAAUGAACAGUUAGUUGAACCAGUUGCAGCUUGUGGCCCUAGACCAGAAGACGAAAGAGAACCUGAUGCUCCAGAACCUUUUGAUUACACAGAUGAUUAAAUACAUUACAAAUAAUUAAAACCUGUGAAAUGGAAUAAUAUUUAAAAACAUUUUUUUUUGUUAUGUCUUAACAGAAAAUAUAUCUUUUUAAUUUAGACUUGUAUAAUUGAGCUUUUGAAUUAAUUAUAAUUUAUAUAUAUAUAAAACUCUAGCAUAACAUUGUUAGUUGUUUUUUUUUUUUUUUUGUAUUAUAUCUAUACAUGAUUUUUUGUAAACUUUUGAAGCGUAAUAGAUAAUAAAUCUACACAAAAAAAUAUACAUGCGUAACCAACAACAAAUUAAAUGUUUAAGUCAAUGCUUCACUAAAUUAUAUUUGAAAAAUCCGUGUUUAUACUCUUAUUUCGUUAUAUUUGUAUUUAAUUACUAGUUAAUAAUUUUUUUUCCUACUUGAAAAGGAAUUGCCACAAAAUAAUCAUUAAAUUUCUGUUAAUGAAAGUGCUCAAGUAAUAACAUCACCCUAAUUUAAUGAUAUUUUGUCUAUCCAACUGGUAAUGUAUUGCAAUUUACAUUUUGAGUAAUGUAAUUAAUUAACUAAUUGAGUUUAGUGGGAUUCAGCACAAAUUUUUCAUUGUCAAAUUUUAUAUUCAAUCAAAAUUUAAUGUAAGAUUACAUUUUUUUUAGCCACUGACCAAUAGUUGAGUAGCUUAAUGAAUCCAACUAUUUUUUGUGUUAAUAUUAAUUAAGUAUAUUUAAUUGAUGGUGUUAAUAAUUUAAUAACAAUUUAAGGUUUAAAUUUAUAUAAAUCCAUGGCUAUAGAUUGGAAUCCAUAGCCGUGAAUUUAAUAGUUCGGUAAAACAAUUUAUAUCUAUCCUCAAAUAAUGACUAAUUUAUAAUUUUUUGCCAACAUUCUUCGUUUUUUCAUUAAAUAUUUUUUGUAAGGAUAAUACUGAAAGAGCAAUUCCAAUGAGGAUACGCUCACAUAAUAUAUGAAAAAUAUUGAUGUAAAAAAAGUUAACUAAUUUGGUUGUUUUGUACUUUAAUAGUUAGCUAUGAAAUUAGAUUAAUUAAAUGUAAUAUUAUCUGUAGGUUUAGUUGUACAGAAAAAUAAUAUAGAAUAAAGAUAACCAGCUCAUAUUGAAUAAUUCAACCAGCAUUGUAAGGUAGUUUUCGAUAAUGAAUAUUCAGGCUCCACUCUAUCAUAGUCCAUUAAACAACCAUUUUUUGUACAACCGUGGUCGUAUCUCACUUUUUCCCACAAUUUAACAUAGUAUUAUCUUAGACCUUACUUUUUCAAACUCCUAUUCUAAUUUUGAGGUAGAACCUUUUUUCGUGGGUGAUGUUCAAGACCUUAAAUAUAUAUGUAUUUAAAAUCGAAAUAUGACCUUUUUCAAUCAGCAGAUGAUAUUGUGUACUUGAUUUUAAUUAUUUUAUAUAAAUAAUUAUAUAGUAUAUUGUAAUUUUUUUGUCAUUCACAUAGACAUGCAACAUUGUUCAGUUUUUAGUAUAGACAUUGGUAUUUAAUAAAAUAUAUAAGUUUAAAUAUUGUUAUUGAAAAUACGGGUAAAUGUGUGGCAUAUUUCACUGACACAAACUAACUUGUAUUUUUCAAUCACACAAUGUUGUUUAUAUCAUGUCACAAACAAUUAAAUUUACAUAAUAAAGGAAUUAAUGUAUUCAAGUCAAACUUCAAUUAUUAAAAUAAAUAUUUAAACUUUAUCAUAUUACGACCUAAAAUUAGUUUAUUUUAUCAUUGCAUUAUACUAUCUUCUAAAAUUAAUAAGUUAAUAUAUAAUAAUAGGUAAUAUUUUAUUUUAAGUUUAACAAUUAAAAAUAAAUUAUGCAUCUAUCCUCCACUAUUUGCUAUUAAUAAUUGAUACUUAAUACUAAUUUUAAUUUAAUAUUAUUUAACGUAUGACUAGGUUAAUGAACAAUUGAAGGGCUGUGGAGAAAAACAAUCAUUGUUAAUUGAUCGUCAAAAUGAGCAAAUUUAUGAAUUAUGAGUAAGAGGUAAAAUACAAAAUAGUCAUCAUUUUCUGGCUUGUUCCUAAACAAAGUGAUGUAUGAAUUGAAUUAGGGAAAAAAUAUCUGUGCUUUACAGUAGUUUCAAAAAUAUCUAAGACUGCAAAGAAAGAUCAUAAUAUAAUCCGAGUGGAAAUGUAGAAAAGUGAUCGUUUGGAAAUAUUAACUAUUGUUGUUUUUUUCCUGCAACCCUUCAAUUAUUUUGUUGUUCAUAAUAGACACAUAUUAUUUAAUUUGUCUAUUAGUUUAUUUUAUACAUUAUUAAAGAGGCAAUUUGAAUGCAAAAUAAUAUUGUUUAGGAAUUUUAGGAAAAAUUAACUUAUUUAAAAAGAUUUUUAUAAAGAAAAAGUUAUAACAACAACAAUAUUAUAUUAUAACAUUUUCAACACAGAACAUAUAAAACAAAAACUGAUAAAUUCAACAGUUUUACAUUUAAAUUAUAAUAAAAUAAAUUAAUAUAAUUUCACAGUGCAAUUUUGUUUUAUUUUUUAGUGCAAAAUUUUAACUUAUUUUCGAAUACAAUACUGAAGGAAGCAAUUUAAUGAUGAAAUACAGAUUCCAUUUUGUUUUGAAUAGUUAAAUAUAGAAAUUUUCAAUAGGAGACAUGUUCAUACUCAAUUUCUAUUAACAAAGCAAAUUUCAUCUAAACAAUGACAGAGUAUACAUAUUAAGUCUGAAUUGCCAUAAUUUUAAAUAAAACACCAAACUAACAUCCAACAAGAAAUUAUGAUUUCUGUUUCAUUAAUUUUGAAAGUUCAAGGCCCAUAGCAGCUGGGCUCCUGGUAACAACAACACCCGCCUAAAAAAUAUAAAAUAAAAUAAUAAGAGCUUAAUAUUAAUAACUGUUAAAUACUAAAUAUUACCUUCUCUAACGCGUUAAUUUUAUCUUGAGCGCCACCUUUUCCACCAGAUAUGAUAGCUCCAGCAUGACCCAUACGACGGCCUGGUGGGGCUGUUAAUCCAGCGAUAAAAGAUACAACUGGUUUUGCAUUUGGACCCUAUACAAAAUAAUAAAAAAGCUAUUUAAAUUACAUUAUUUUUAAAUGCAUUUAAUUACGUACAGUAUUGUGUUCACUUAAAUACUCAGCAGCCAUUUCUUCUUGUUGUCCACCAAUCUCACCAAUUAGAAUAAUACCAUGCGUAUUUGGAUCAUGUAGGAAAACUUCCAAACAAUCAAUAAAAUCUGUACCAUUGAAUGGGUCACCACCAAUACCGACACAUAAUGUUUGUCCAAGACAUACUUGAGAUGUUUGAUGUACUGCUUCAUAAGUAAGUGUACCAGAACGUGAUACUACUCCAAUUGAUCCUUUCAGAUGAAUGUGACCAGGCAUAAUACCAAUUUUACACUAAGAGAUUUAUAUACAAUUUAAUAAUCUAAGGAAUAAUGAUAAGUUUUUAAUUAAUUAUUGUACAUACUUGUUCUGGAGCAAUGAUUCCUGGACAGUUUGGUCCAAGCAAUCUUGAUUUGUUCUGCCUGAUCAAUUUAUGUUUGACUCGUACCAUAUCUUGUUGAGGUAUUCCUUCUGUUAUACAAACAAUUAAAGGAACUUCAGCAUCAAUAGCUUCAAUAAUUGCUUUUGCUGCUCCUGGCGGUGGCACAUAAAUAACUGUAGCAUCAGCACCUGUUUGUUCUCUUGCCUGUAAUAUAAUUAACAAACAAAGUAUACAUACUGAAUACUUUAGUAUGUAAUUUACUUAGCAAAUAAUGAAACUUACUUCUUUAACAGAGUUGAAAAUUGGCAAAUCUAAAUGGGUUUUCCCUCCCUUACCAGGCGAGACACCACCAACCAUACGAGUACCAUACUCUAAAGCUUGUGUUGAAUGAAACGUUCCUUGUUUACCAGUCAUUCCUUGACAAAUUACUUUUGUAUCCUUAGUCAAUAGUAAAUUUUUUCUAGUUUCAGCAUAGAUCUUGGGAUCAACUGUAUUUGAUGCUGAUCGCACACCCAUUAAAUUGCAUACUAGAAUAUACAUUAUAAAGUAUAUUAAUAUAAAAUAAUUUAAAUAAAAAUAGUAAUUAUUAAAUUGAAUACAAAAAUAUAUAUUUUUAUAUUAUAUAUUUCUAUAUAUUUACUAACACAAAGGACUUCGCUUUAUGUGGGAAACAGCCUUAUAUGAACAUAAUAGUCGUGUCCUGAUUAUAAUGUGUAACAAUACUCAUUUUUGUUAAAAUGGGUAACUGCUUAAUGUGGACAAAUAUAACAGGUCCUAACGAGACCAAGUUAAGCGGAAUCUACUGUAUAUACUUAAUAUUUACCUAUAUUGAGACAAAUAACUUUAACUAUAGUUUAACCAGUGUAUACUAAAGAUAAUAAAAGAGUCCCAGCAACUUUUAUGUUAGCUAGCCAUAUAAUAAUUUAAUUUAGUUAACGGGUAGAGCUGGGCUUAAGAAUUAUUUAUUAUUCAGACAGGACAGAGUUAAAAAUUAAAUAAAUUCACUAUAGGUAAUAAUUUUGAUUUUUCAUUUGCUUUCAAUGAAUUAAAAUUGUUUUUAAUAAAAUAAAAUAAAAAUAGUUAAGCUAGUUUGUUGAUAACCAUUAGCUAUAUUGUAAUGUCUGUGUUAAAAAUAUUCAUAGAUAGGCAUUUAACUGUAAACGAGGAUUAAUUUAUACUAGAUAUUUUUCAAGUGGAAAUGAUAUCCAAGAACGGGACAGACUGAAUGUGGAGAAAUAUUGAAGUAAUUCAAUCAAGCUGGAAAAGGCAAUAUUAGUAAAUUAAUCAGAACAGAUUGAGUCUGGUCAUAUGAUUUAUAAAAUGAUUUUGGUUGGGUUUGUCAUUCAACAUAAUUGACUGUUAGAUUACCUGUCACGUUCUUGAAAAAAAUAAUUACAUAUAUUCCUAAUACAUACCUAAUUUUGAAAAAAAGUCUUAGGUUUUAAAAUAGAUUUUUGCUAAUACAUUGUUGUGAAUAUAAAUUCAGUGGGCGUAGGCAUGGACUGUAAACUCAGAUUAUAAUAAUAUUCAAUAAUUUCAUAAUAUGAUUGUUGAAUCAACUUGUAAAAUAUAUGUAAAAGAUCUCAGGGGUCAAAUAUUCAAACCAGGAAGUAAAACGCGUAUGUAGAUAUUGGUAAAUAUUCUAAAUUAUUUCAUAGUGUGAAAGGCAUUACGUCAGAUAUAUAUCGCUGAGAUGAAUUUUGGUAUAUGGCUUACCUGCAAUUCUGGAGAAUAUUCUAGUGGAAGCAGCCAUAGUAAGUAUCCGUGAAUAUGUAAUAAUACUGGAAUAAAUUCUCAGUGGAGAACUGAAAAUUUAAUAUUUUCGGAAGAAAACCGCUACCAAGAUCAAGUGAUAAGAAAAUAAAAAAGGUCGACGGCUGAUCGUUUUAGGUACAGCCCCUACACUUCCAACUUCUAUAGACAAUCGGUGGAAAAAUUGAUC